AUGCAGUUCGCUUUAGUCUCAGUUCUUUUCGCCGUUGGCGUCUUUGCGAAGAAUGGUUGUGGAUUUCCCGACGGCCCAGACUGCGUCUCACUGGGCAAGGGAAGCGACGGCCUGGAGGUAUUCCGUGAUAAUGACGGCUGCUGCCUCCUCCCUGCCCGUUGCGGUAAUGAAGCCGGCGUUAACUGUCGUCGCGAGAACGAGGGCCCCGAUGGUCUACCGAUCAACACAAAGAGGGUUGCGCACCGUCGCAGGGCUCAGAAGGACUACCGGGCAUAG